GACUAUCUCGAACACUGUCAAUCUGAUGUGGAAGCCGAUCGGGCAACACGUCAGUGCCUCAAAGCGGCCAGCCAAGAAUUGCCUCCGCCGCCUUUUUACAGAGACACCAAUCCCUCGAACAGUACUCUCUAUCGUCGAACGGUGAUAAGGAAGAUGCUAGGGGCUACGGAGUCCAGGACACACAACGGUAGCUACAUAUGGGGAUAUGCUGCGUUGUGGCAUGCAAUCAGUUGGUGGUUCAUGUCGAAGGCCUGCCGCCUUGCCUUGACUAUGGCUAGAGGAUUCCGAUUUGGGGAAGCAGACUUUAGUUAUGUUGUCAUACAAGCUGAUAUCGAAGCACUUCUGGAUGGACUUGAAGCUGCUUAUCGCAUUGAGCGUUCUAGUCCUGUGAUCAACGGCAACCCCGAUAACGGCCCAAUAGCGUCUUCAUCUGGAGCAGCAGUCAGCAAUAACGACAUUACUUCUGGACUACGGUUGCGCCGUCGAGCAAAGGCUGUGGAACUACCCCUCCGACUUUUUGAGGAGAAUACUGCUUGCCCUUUAGCAAAUGACGUAAAAGCUACUGCAAAGUCUUUGGAAGACCGAGGUAACCUUUUCAAAAGAGGAAUAUCGCACUCAUAUUGGCAUGCCGACUCGACCCCCGUAGCUGGAGCAUAUGCUUCUGUCUUCUCAACUUCAAAGAAACAAGCCAAGGUGACUCUGAGGGAAGCCUGGCUCGAAAGCUGGAGGCACAAUCCAAACGAGCGGAACAUCCAACUUCUUCGCAAUCUCUACGGACUAGAAAUAUCGGCGUGUACCGGUAAUGCAAGAAGAGUUUCUAUAGUUGAUUUGAUGAUGACAGCUUCAUUUCGGCCUCUUCUCAGAUCAUUUCCUUGGUCCGACCCGCUCUGCAGGCAGACGAUUAUGGAAAUUAUCGAAGACCAUGACGUGGAUGGCUUUAUCAACUUUUAUAUCGAAAAUCCGGACUGGCGAGAAGAUAUCGGCCCGUUUAUCACGGCGUGUCUUGAUAUUCUUGACCAAACCGGGGUCGAUCGUUCCGCAAGAAAUCUCAUCGCAUUCCGGGCGCAUGGGGAGGACCCUAUGUACGUCGAAUUCCCAUUCAAGCUAUAUCACUGGGCACAGAUUCUGAUCGAGUCAACUCAAACCGUCACUAUGGCUGUUAUCACAAAUAUAUGCCUUUCGGCUUAAGGUAUUCGACACGGGAAGACUUGCACUGAUGGCAAGUUUU